CUUCCACACAGCUUAUUAUUGCACCGGUUCCGAAGCGAGCCCCUCGGUGACCUUCGGUGCCUAAAGACUGCGGAAUCCGCCCGGGCCCACCAAAAUUCUGCAAGGCCAAGGCUCUUUCGGGCCAACACCGAACCCCGGAGCUCAACAAAGCUUGCCCUGCCCGUUAAUAUCCGGUGUUGAUUCGUCCAAACAAAAAAUACAUUUCGUCGCCAUCCCCAGAGCCAUCCCCGGACAAGGUCAUGGUUCUCACGACACGCUCAAUUCCAAUUACAGCAUACCUGAACACGAGAUGAACGGAACACAUGUGGUGAACAGCGCCAAUGGUGGGAACGGUGUCAAUGGGGUCAAUGGGGUCAAUGGGGUCAAUGGGGUCAACGGCGUCAACGGCGUCAACGGCGUCAACGGACAUGCACACGGCGACGUUGAACUCUGGAGACAUCCUCGUCCUGAAACGACUCAAUUCUACGCUUUUCAACAACACCUUCGAAAAAAGUACCCUCUUGAAUCCGACUCAUAUUCUGAUCUCUGGAAAUGGAGUAUCGACAAUCCCAGUGCCUUCUGGGAAGAAAUCUGGCAUUAUACUGGUAUAAAGGCUCAUCAGACAUACAAGUCGGUCCUCGACGAGUCCGCUCCCAUAUUUCCCAAACCCACCUUCUUCGCAGGCGCCGAGUUGAAUUUCGCAGAGAACCUCUUAUUCCCAGACUGUGACCCGGACCCGAAUUCUCCAGCAAUCAUUGCUGCGACCGAACGGACUCGUGAAUAUGUUACUUGGUCAGAAUUAAGAGAACGCGUCCGAAUAUGUGCAGCGGCCAUGGAAGCCUCGGGUGUGCAGCAGGGCGAGAGAGUGGUGGGUUAUCUUUCCAACCACGCUAAUGCUGUCGUGGCAAUGUUGGCCGCCACCUCUCUGGGCGCUCUCUGGUCAGGCGUCAGUCCUGACACCGGCGUCCACGCCGUCCUCGAUCGCUUAAAGCAAGUCGAGCCUGUCCUGCUCUUCGCCGACAACGCGGUCAUCUAUAACGGCAAAAUCCACGAAACUCACUCCAAAAUCUCUCAAGUCGUGGCAGAAUUACCUUCCGUCAAAGACUUGGUCGUCUUCGAAUCGAUCGCUGACCACAAGUUCGACCUCACCACUCUCAAAACUCAGCCCACUACUACGGCUCAGACAUAUGCGUCCUUUGCGUCCAGAGGCGACUCCUCAAGAACCCUCAAAUUCAACUAUCUUCCCCCCGAUCACCCUGUUUACAUUCUCUACUCUUCCGGCACAACAGGUGUCCCCAAACCCAUUGUGCAUAGCGCAUUAGGCACUCUGAUACAACACAAGAAAGAGCAUGCUUUACACUCUGAUAUCAGGCCUGGCGAAAGAGUCUUUUACUUCAGCACAACGACCUGGAUGAUGUGGCAUUGGCUUGUGUCCAGCCUAGCAAGUGGUGCGACCAUUAUCACCUACGAUGGCUCACCCUUCCAGCCCCACAAGGAGAUGAGCAUGCCACUCUUAAUUGAUGAGCUCCAGAUCAACCACUUUGGGACAUCUGCCAAAUAUCUCUCGGUCUUGGAACAAGCUCAGACGUCGCCCAUGACGGCGAACCCUCAGCCUGCCUCGCUCCAAUCUCUCAAGUCUAUCUUUUCUACUGGGUCCCCGCUUGCACCCAGUACUUAUCACUACGUUUAUAAACACCUGUCGCCACCGGCGCCUCAUACCGGGAUCAUGCUUGGCUCCAUCACCGGUGGGACAGACAUUAUAUCUCUUUUCGGGGCCUCGUGUCCGAUAUUGCCAGUCCACGCCGGGGAAAUCCAGUGUGCCGGACUUGGUAUGGCCAUUAGAAGUUUCUCUCCAGACGGCAGAGACAUUCUCCAUACCGGUGAACCGGGAGAAUUGGUCUGCACCGUACCAUUCCCAUGCCAGCCAUGCAUGUUCUGGCCACCGGGUCCUGAAGGCGAGAAACGGUACAAGUCGUCCUACUUUGAAGUGUUUAGACAUGAAAAGACCGACCAGCCAAUUUGGCAUCACGGGGAUUUUGUUCGCUUCAAUCCGCGGACCGGUGGCAUCUGGAUGCUCGGCCGUUCGGACGGAGUCCUCAAUCCCAUGGGAGUUCGAUUUGGUUCAAGUGAGAUCUACAACAUCUUGUUGAAGCAUUUCAGCUCAGAAGUUGAAGAUGCAUUGUGCAUCGGGCGGAAACGCGAACAAGACCCUGAUGAGGUGGUCGUCCUCUUCCUGAAGAUGAUGAAAGGCCACCAAUUCGAUGCCGACCUCACGAACAGAAUUCAGGCUGUGGUCAGAAAAGAGCUCAGUGCUCGACACGUGCCCAAGGUGAUUGACGAAUGCCCAGAAAUCCCUGUCACGACAAAUGGCAAAAAAGUGGAGGGCGCCGUCAAGCAGAUUUUGAGUGGAUUAAACAUCAAAACCAGUGCCAGCGUCGCCAACAGUGAGUGCCUUGAGUGGUAUCGCGCAUGGUCAGAAACACACUAGAAGAGGUUAUACUGCGGAGGGCACUUGUUAACCGCCUCUGACCAAAAAAUAGACAUUGAUGAUAGAUCUGAAGCACAUCAGACCCAUGUACAUUUUGCACGAAUAUCGACGAAUAUUGACGAUUGAAUUUGAUGGCUUCUCAAUCAUGUCUCGCAUAGUGUCCCCCACCUGUUAACCACCACUCUAGUUCAACAUCAUUACUUGCGCCCAAAAUGAUCUGUGGUGAUAGCGAGGCUUGCCAUAUCCUUUGUUCUUGUUGUUGUGAUUACGUGGCAAUGCCAAGGAGUUGAAACAGGGAGGCACCGUGAGAAAGAUGAAGAAGCAGC